AUGUCGGAAGAUAAGAGUAGCGUAUUUUACACGUGGAUCGUAAAAGACUUUCAAGAAAUACACUAUGGUAUGAAAGUUGGAGACGUCAUGUUCAGUGACAAAUUCUUUUCGCCGGAACCCACCUAUUUUGACGAGGAAGAAGUAUGCGACAAGCCCACUCACGCCUGGCGUAUUCAAAUGUAUCCAAAGGGACGUAAAGGAACAUCCGAUUUUUUGUCACUUUACCUGAAGGCCUUCUCAACCGACUACGAGGUACAACAUUCCAUAAAAUCCAGGACGACGACGAAUAUGAUCGAAUUAUACAGGUGUAACGGGAAUGGGUCUGUGACCGAUGAUAACAAGCUCACUUUUCUCUCAAGGAUGGCCAGAAAAAGUCGAAAAUUCUCUGUGGACAAUGACGAAGAUAGUUGGGGUAUUAUAGAAUUUUGUGCAUUCAAGGAUCUGUUUCCUAGUAAUGAUAUCACUGCCAGAACCACUUUGGUUGUCAGGGUCCACGUGUUCGACGAGGAGCAACCAUCGCCCGAUAACUCCGUGUUAGCCUACAACCUCACCGAAGUAAUUUGUCAACCUUCAUUAUCGAUGGAAGAAUUUUUUGGUGAUAACAAGUUCAAUGACGUGGAAUUUGUGUUCGAUUGCGGGACGAGAAUUCCAGCAAAUAGAUUUGCACUAGCGCUUCGAUCGGCUUAUUUUAGAAAACUAUUCAGCGGAGAAUGGAUGGAGUCUAAGGCGACGUCGAUUCCAAUUAAGAAUGCCAAAGCAGAGCCUUUUGGUGCCAUGAUAUAUUACCUUUAUUCGGCAAGGUUGAAUGAGGAUCUGUCACUGGAGGCAUUAAAGGGUGUCUUUUACGAAGCAGACAUGAGAGAGAUUGAAGGACUAAAGGAUCAGGUGGUCGCGCGCCUUUGUGAUAUGAUGAACGCGGACAAUUGGGACGAGAUAGUAGAAUUUGGCUUAUUCGUAGAUAAUGAAAAGUUGAGGAAAAAAGUGCUGGCUUAUGUGGCGAGGCAUUGGGAAAAAUUAAAGACGACCAAGGAGAUGAGGAAGUUGUUGCGAUUUGAAUCAAUGGAUUGGAUUGCGUGGAUCGAACGCAUGAACAGAGUCAGGAUGUUUGGGGAUCUACUCUAA